AUGCCUCGAACCACAUUGAGACUCAACAAUGGUCUGAAGCGAACCGACGCGAAUGAGAGGAGAAUCUGGAUGCCGCUUCGUCUUGAUAACCUCGACCACCCACAGACUGCACUUGAUCGUCAAUCCGUCCUCGAUCUUAUUCGAAGUGUCUACGAUCCUAUGCUAAUCACUUGGCUUGCUAGGCCAGGCCAUACCUGGGUAAAUCAAUUCUCGAGAAAGCAUGCCAGUAAGCCGUUCGAAGCACAGGUUAUCGCUAGGAUAGGAGAGCUACCAUCAGCUGUUCAGGCCAUAGAGACUCACGCUGUCCUUGGUCAAAUUUUAUUCGACAUUCUUAAGUAUUACCGACUCACCGAUGACGCCUGGAAGGUACCUACGCCUGGCGCUGCUGCCCCCCCUCCCCCUCCUCCCCCUCCUCCUCCUCCAGCCGCUCCCGCUCCUGCUCCCGCUGCUCCUGCUCCUGCUGCUCCUGCUACUCUUGCCCCUGUACCAGAUAGUGAGGUGCUUGCUGCUGCUAUCGCCUUGGAGGUGGUUACUGCUGCUGCUAAUCUAGAAGCGCUUGCAGAUGCUGCAGAGCAAGUACUUGGGCCCGGUGCUACUGCUCCUGUUAACCUUACUCCCCUAGAAAUACUUGCAGAAGUUGCAAGCUCAGCUGAGCCUAGUCCUGUGCCUUCUGCCCUCGAUAUACUUGCAAAUGCUGCAAGCACACGUCCCUAUGCUGCUCUCCCCCCACCUGCUGUUGCCCCUGCCCCAGCGGUCUCCCCUGCCGCUGGAGGAAAGCGAGGUAGAAGUGAUAGUGAUGAUGAAUCUGAGCUCCCUGCCAAGAAGAAGCAAGCAGUGAGUCCAAAGUAA